AUGAUUGGGGUAAAUAGUAGCAUCUCUACAGGUGUGGCAUCUUUUAGUAGAGAUCUAAGUAGCCUUCCAGGGACUUCAUUUAUUCCUGCAAAAGCCGGAUCACCCCAGAAGUCUCCCAGUAAAUUAUAUGGAGUAAUUCAGGCCCCUAGAGCUACAUCUAUCCGUGUUAUGUUGCCUGUUCGUGAUAUUGGAGACUUGACAAUUGUAACAUAUGAGCAUCAAGCUUUUGUAGGAUGCGGUGGAUCUUUGAGAUUCUUUCUUUUGGGAAAACAGGUAAAGCAUAGAUUCAUUAAUGUUCCAGUAGAUAAAGAUAAUCCUAUUCCAGAGUAUAUUGAAUCAUCAAAAGUACCAUUAGGAGAGCUUCCAAUUAUCAAGUUAGGAGACCUCGUUAUUUUUGAUGAAAUACCCUGUUUAAGAUUUCUUGCUAAAAAACUUGGUGAAUAUGGGCGUAAUUAUUAUAUUGACUUUGUUAUAGAUGAUGUUGUUAUGCGGUGUAAUCGUUGGAGAGAUAUUUUAAUGGAUCUGAUCCUUUCGUCUAAUAAUUGUGUGUUGGCUGCUUCUACAAAUUUAGAUAAAAGUGAAGGCCCUUAUUCUUUAAAUAAUGCAGAAAAUUCUGGAGGUUCUGCAAUAUCUUCCUUGGAAGGUUACAAGCAGCUGAGAGAACAACUUUACACUGAAUUUGAAGUUCUUAUAACAAGUAUUGGUGAAAAGGAGGGAUCUUAUAUCGCAGACAAAGACAAGCCAAUGAUUUGUGACUUUGCCUUAUUUUCUGUAUUAUUUGAUGAUAUAAGCCUCUCAGAUAUUUCCUCAGAUUCGAUGUUCCAGAGAGUAGAGCUAUUACCAGAUAACUGUUUAAUUCAUCAAUUUCCCCGUUUGAAGUCAUUAUUUUUGGCUAUGUCAGAACUUCCAUUAGUUAACCAGUGGAUAAAGGGGAAAUAUUUCAUACAAUCAAAUAUUGAUAAAGCUGCUAACAAAGAUUCUAGUGAGAAUGCUGCAGCUUCCACAUUUCCUUUGCAGUCUUCCAUCGUUGGAAGUCAACAGCCAAAUCAUUCUCUAUAUUCUUUGGGAGCAGGGAAUGGAAUAGCAAGUCCAGGAGCAUUUUCAAUUUAUCAGUCGUCUCAUCCUUUAAAUCCUCCAAUUCCAAGAUUUCAAUAUCCUAUGAUCCCCUAUAUGUCAAAUCAGGGAUUAGUACAAGCAAGUGCUGGAGUUAGAUUUGCUUUUCCUGGAGCUGGUUUACCUAUCAAUAAUCAGCAAAUACCGGUGAUUCAAGCUAACAGUAGUUUCAUAAAUCCACACUUUGCACCUCAGCUAAAUCCAAGUUUGAUUCAUCCAUUUCCUAUUUAUCAGACAAAUCUGGGAUCUCCUUGUAAUAGAAUGAGCCCAUCACAGAGUUUCACUUAA